UGCGUAAGCGAUCUCGCGCGCUAAACUUUGCUGUUGAUCACAAACGUAUUGUUGGCAUAAUGGCGGAGAAUGAGAGAGAUACUUGACAAGGUCUGUGCAAUUUUAGGUCCGGUGGCAUACCAUGGACACUAGGCACAAACAGCUCCAUGACCGGGCCAAUGAUUUGUUUUCGCGGCAGCAGUACCAGCAGGCUGCAGAGCUUUUCACCCAAGCUCUGCAGCAGCAGCUAGCCACAGCCACAGCAUGGGGGGACAGCAGCAACAGCAGCAGCAACAACACCCAGCAACAGACACCACGUCAGCAGCCCCAAACAGCAAGUAGUAGCCCCAGACACAGUAAUAAUAGCCACGCCCAUCAAAACAAUCACGCCUCUCCCAGCCCCCAUCAACACCAUCACCAUCGAGACCACCAUCUCUCCUGCCUCAAUAAACGUGCCACAUGCUUCCUCAAGUUGGAUCAAAAUGAAAAAGCCCUGGAUGACAUCAACAAGUUAUUAGCCCUAUCCCCGACCAGAAGUAGUCUAGGUAAAUUAUUAAUGCGUAAGACCCAAGCCCUGAGCAAGCUACACAAGACCCAAGAAGCAUAUGAAACAGCAAAGCAGUGGACAUCCGCCGAACCAAAGAAUGGCCAAGCAUCCAAAGAAGUAAACAGACUGAAGAGAUUAUUGGAUGAAAAGACAGAGAACCCAUCAACAAGUAGAAAUACAUCAGCAAGAGAUAAGAACGGAACGGAAGCCUCAUCACACCCCUCGCAGUCAAGUGGAAGGGGCCAAGGAGCCAGUGGUGGUAGUGCAAGCUCAGCCUCAUCCACUCAUCACCAGAGGGGGAAACGCAAACCAGCAUCUGAGGGAAAGCAUAAAAAAGAUGCUGGCAAACAAGAGAGCCCUGAGAACUUCUGCUCCUUUUGUCAAGUGCAAUGUUCAACUCAGGUGGACUACCAUCUCCACAGUAUGAGUGAGAGCCAUAGAGCUAUCAUCUCAUCGGACGAAGGACGGGAUUGGAAGCAUCGGCCUCCUCCCAGGGGGGCUGUCGGGGAGGAAUACCUCCUCUGUGCAGACCGUCUAAAAUGCAGAUUUGGUCAGCAAUGUACAUACGCCCAUAGUGAGGACGAGUUAGCUGAGUGGAAGGAGCGCUACAGGUAUAGACAGAUGAAAUACCAACGAGCGAGAGACAAGCAAAUCCAUGGCAUGGGCUUUGCAGAGCAACUCUUUGAGAAGUGGAUGAAUUCACCUGCACCUCUCAAUGUGUUAAGCGAAUCUAUUGAUGAUGUGAAGGUGAGCAUCAACUCCGAUUCCAAUGUCACAGUCUCAAGUAAGAACACUGCGCAUUCCUGGAUCUUCACUCUUCAUUGCAAGCAGCCUAGCAAGCAGCUCCAACGUGUGGCUCUGUUCUUUGACGUCCACCGGCCUCACUUCAGCAUCACCAGCAUCCUGAUGGGUGACUCCAAGCGCCAGAACUCUCUGGACAUCCCGGAGAACUGCCAGGAGUGGAGCAGCAAGAUGAGCUCCCACAACAACAAUAAUAACAUCAACCCCUACAACAGCACCAAGUCCAAGGAGCGCAUCUACCGCGUCAAGAUCCAGUUCACCUCGCAGAUCUUCGGCACGUUCCGUCAGUCGAUCAUCUUCGACUUCGGCAUGGAACCGGUGCUGAUGAAGCGCAUUUCCGUUGACUCGGUGUCGGCCAUGGACCAGAAGGAGCUGGAGGAAGUGCGGGAGUCGAUGGUGUGCGUGACGGAGCGCUGGGAUGGAACCAACAAAACGGUGGUGGACUUCAGUCCGCCGAUCCAGCUGGGGACGGAGGAGGAUAAAGGAUUGCUGUCAUUCUACGUGCCUCCUCACUCGACGGAAGAGCUCUUCAAGCGCUCAGUUUUGGAGAAGACGAUCACAAAGAACAACUACAAGAAUAGGAUGCAUGAUCUGCUGUACAUAGAGGAGACGGCCAGGUUCAGGGACAUUGGCAAGUUCAACAUCAGGACGACCCUCCAGAUGGCCAACACCUUCAUGCUGGUACCGUCACGGAACAGCGGUGCCCGCUACGCCCAGAGCGGUCAGCUCUUCGCUCUCAUGCGCCUCAACGACGACCUCUCUGCCGACACGCCCGGUGGCCGACUGAUCCUCAACAGCUGCAACUCGGUGAUCCUGGCCCCGGUCCAGGAGGGGAGGACAUCUGAGAAGGUCUACGAGGCGCCCAUCACGGAGAAGAGCAAGGACUCCAUCUACCUGACCCUGAGCAAGCAGUGCGUGGACGACCUCAGGUUGAAGAACAACUCACAGAUCAAGGUGGAGCUGCAGUUCCAGCUCAAUAGACUUCACAUGUGUGAGAUGCACUAUGCAGUAGACAAGGUCCCAGAUAUGAGCCUUCUCUUCCCUGAGGUGCAUACCAAUGCCAAGGUACCAUGGACCCCAAACAAACAAUGGAGUGACAAGAUGGACAUGCAGAUGAACAGCAAGCAGCGAGAGGCCAUUGUUGCCAUGACGACCCCUCUUGUCCAUCAGCUCCCGCCCAUCUUCCUGGUUGGUCCGUACGGCACGGGGAAGACCUACACGUUGGCCCAUGCGACCAGACUCAUCCUACAGCAGCCUAACACUAAGAUAUUGAUAUGCACACACUCCAAUAGUGCAGCGGACCUGUACAUCAGGGACUACUUCCACUCCUUUGUGGAGUCUGGAAACACCGCCGCCAAGCCCCUGAGGAUCUACUUCAAGGACCGGUGGGUGCCCACCGUGCACCCCAUAGUGCGCCUCUACUGCUGCAUGUCGGAGGGCGAGGACCGGUUCGUCAUGCCCACCAAGGAACAGGUGCUCAAGCACAGGGUGGUGGUAGCCACACUCAGCACCUCAAGGUUUUUGACCCACCUGGAGCUCGAGCCAGGAUACUUCACUCACAUCUUACUCGAUGAAGCAGCCCAGGCCAUGGAGUGCGAGACAGUCAUGCCCCUAGCCCUGGCCACCAAAGACACCAGGAUCGUCCUGGCUGGAGACUACAUGCAGAUAAGCCCUCAAGUGCACAGUGAAUUUGUCUUUGAUCGUCACCUCCACAUUUCACUGUUGGAGCGUCUCUACGACCACUACCCUGACGAUCAUCCAUGCAAGAUCCUUCUCUGCGCCAACUACCGCUCCCAUGAAGCCAUUGUUGACUACACCUCGGAUCUCUUCUACGACGGCAAGCUCCUGGCAUGUGGCAAGCAGCCCCCGCAUCCCAAGUGGUACCCGCUGACAUUCUUCACAGCCAGGGGCGAGGACGUCCAGGAGAAGAACAGUAUCUCCUUCUUCAACAAUUCAGAGGUGUUUGAACUGUGUGACCGGGUGCAAGAGCUUCAGAAGAUGUGGCCAGAGGAAUGGGGGACAUGUGAUGAGAACAGCAUCGGUGUGGUCGCUCACUAUUCAGACCAGGUGUUUCGUAUCAGACAUGAGCUUCGCAAGAGGAAACUCUUCAGUGUGUCGGUCGAGAGGGUUAUGAAUGUCCAAGGCAAGCAGUUCCGAGCGCUCUUCAUCAGUACAGUGCGAACACACCACACCUGCAAGCACAUGGUCAAAGCCCAGCCUUCCAAGAAGUCUGGCUCAGCAUCCAAAGACUCUCCUCAGUCGUCCAGUGAGGAAGAACCCGACUAUGGCUUCCUAUCCAAUGACAAGCUCUUGAACACUGCCAUCACAAGGGCACAGUCCCUCGUGGCUGUCAUCGGUGACCCCAUAUCGGUUUGCUCAAUUGGGAAGUGCAGGAAACUAUGGGAGAAAUUCAUCUCCAUGUGCAACGACAAUGACAGCCUCCAUGGAUGUACAUUCUCCUCCAUCCAGGACCAGCUAUCCAACGUGGAGAUGAAGAAGACCUAUGUCCUGAACCCUUUGGCAAAGGAGUUCAUCCCUCGAGCUUUGCGCAACCAGAUGAUGGGGGCGCCCUUCAUCCAAGGUUCGCCACCCCGCGGCAUAGCGACCAUCAACAACAACCUCCAUCGGUCGGUUCUAUCUCCGAGUCACACGCCAACCCCUCCCAUUCCUGGUAACCAGUCCUUGCCUUUCUUUGGAGGUGUUGGUGCCAUGCCUGGUGGAAGCAUGGUGAGGCCAGCGAGUCCUGUGCCUUUCAUUGAUCCCUACACUGGAAGGCGUGUCGUCUACGUGCCCAUGAUGCAUAUGCCAGUACCUGUCAGGAUGGUCCAGAAUCCAUAUUAUCAUCAUCAGUUCCCUCACUACCCCUACAUGGACCCUGCUGUGCCUUACCACCCUCAUCAGUUCAUGCACCAAGGGGGCUUUAUGAUCCCCCCUGGUAUGAAGCAGCAUCCGCAAGGGCCACCAGGUUCGCCUGCUCACCAGCCUGCUCAAGACAAGCAUCAGGGACCUGGAGCCAAGGAGGCACCGACAUCAUCGGCUUUGAGGCAUCCUGGUGGAGCUGCCCACAGGAUUCCCUCGGGUUCCCCAGCUAGAGACCCAAGGCUGAUGAGCUUGCCCCUUGGGCAGUAUGACACGGAUAGUCGACGUGGAAGCCACCCUGAGAGACAGGAAGUAGUCGCCAAGAUUGAGGAGAUGCAAAUCAAUGAGGAAUUCCAAUAUUUGUUGCGCACAAGAGGACAAAACUAUGCAGACAACUUCCUGGCGAAUGCCAAGAGGUCGCAGUCACCCAAGGUAGGUCCUGGGAGACAGACGAGUGACACUGCACCUCAGACGAAGAUAUCUCAACAGCAGCAUCAGGGGCAACGAAGCCAAUCUAUGUACACAGACAAGACAGAUGCUCUGGGAGCCAGUGGACAACAGCUUCCGUUUAGCAAUAGUGUCAACCACUGGAAGACAUCAUCAGAGAGUAACCAACCUGACAGAGACCCCUGGCCCACAAGGUCGAAAUCUCACAAUCCAAGGGAUACCCUAGACUCUAAAGGGAAUCAGCCUAAGAUUCGUGAUCCUGCUAUCAUCGACCAGGGACCAGCCUUCAAUAUGCAUAGAAUGCCAUACAGUCCCUUGGAGCCUGCACCACCCAAUGUGUUUGUUGACUCCCACAUGCCUCCUUGGCGCGACCAUGAGGCCAAACACCAGAGGGAAUUCUCAGUGCAGCCUAGUGACCUGAGCCCGCGCACUCCAGCAAACUUCCUUGAUAACAGUCCUGGCAUGAGCCCCCUGGAAUUAGCAAUCCAAUUAGGAGAUGCAAAAGGCAGUUUCCUGGGGAAGUCGCAAAGCAACAGCUUCACAUUCAAUGGAAGAAGUCCAUUGACUUCUCCUAGAGAUGAUCCUAAUCACCUUGCGCCACCCAGCUCACGGAAAGGCUUUGGACAUCAGGCGAUGCUUGGCCAAGAACAUACCUUCAGACCAGUCAGCAAGGAUGACAGAUCAUCAAGCCCUCAUGGCGCCCAUCCUUCAGUUGGGCACCAGAGAUGGCCACAGUCCUCUAUGAGCAACAACUUCUCAAGCACGCUCUCUCCGCAACAUCAUCAGCAAGAGUUCAACAGCUAUCCACAGUCACAAGGUCUCCAGAACUUCAGCCCUACGACACCCAGCCUGUCUAGUCAGGAGAGCCUUCCAAGCCCUUCAUCGCCUUAUGGACAAGGCAGUACCAGUAACCUCCUGGGCCUGUCCACAAGCCCAACCAACUUCAAGGAUGACGGUAAGCCAUCAAUGUCCUAUGCCAGCGCCCUUAGAGCACCCCCUAAGCCUAAGGUUCGAGCUAAAGACGAGCGUAUGAAGACUGCUUCCCCUGAUCCCUUGUCCCUGAUCAAAGACCUUGGUAACAGGCAUACCAAAGAUGGCUUCUACUCCAUCUUCUGAGCCUGUACUGUGACAUGAAUGGCAUGUUUAAUUAUGACAACAUGUUCUCUUAAUAUUUGCAUUUACUCUUAUUAUUGGUGGUUCGUCGUAAGGCCUAAGAAAGAAAUAAAUGGGAAGAAAUUGGCACUGUAGAUAAAUAAUCCUUUCUUAAAACAAUGCAGUACUUUACUGAUGGCUAUUGUAUUUCCCAUUUAGCUGGAAGACAUUCUCAAAUUUCAGUAUGUUGUUGGGGAUAUGAAUUGAUACAUUUCUUAUGACCAAAACAUAAUCAAUCUAAUGUGUUGACAAUCACUGAAGCACUCAGAAUAUGACUUAGAUUUGAUCAACAAAAUUUGAUCCAAAAAAUUCAAUGUAUUUGAUGAAUUUGUUAUCCCAUACAUACUUCUUUUAAGUGAUUCUAAAUUCUAGAUUCUAUGCCAUUCAAGUCACAGUGCCCUCUUUGUAUCAACCAACAGUUAGCUUUUAGUUCUUGACAUUGACUGCAUGGCAUUCCAUACUCCGGGGAUUCCCCAAAGUUAUAUGCUGGUACACGUUCUUCUCCAUGCAUAAUGAGUACAUUCUAGUGUACAUACAUUUCUACUGCGCAUAGCUAUGAAAGCAAACAAAAAAAUCUAGCAUUCCAGUUUUUCACUGUGAUCGUAGUAUUGAAGUUCCAUCGCCCAAGGGCAUUGUGUGUUUACAUUUCCUCCCUUUAAAAAGAAUGAAAAUCAUGCAUGAUUAAAUAUUUUCGUGUUUUAAUAUUGCUGCUGUAAAAGUGAUACAAAUUGGCAUUCUAUGAUGAAGAAAACUGGGGAUAAAGUUUGAAUUUACAAGGAUAUGUCAAACUUUGUGAAGCGUUUAACAAUCAAACUCUAUAUGAUGUGGCUAGGUUUCAGUGUCUGUUUAUUCACAGAGAUGAGAGACGUAGGUCUGCUAGGGUGAAUAUAAAGAUCUUGUCAAACAUGCUGACUGUUUGAAUGAAGCAUGUAGGACAAGACUUUAUAAUAGCUGACCUGCUCUCCAUAACAAGAACCUGUUUAUGAUAAAGCAGGAAGUUGAACGCUGCAUGAAAAUAUGUGUCAAAGGUUUUGUUUUCCUAUUUAACACACUAUCAGAUAUUAAACUGUCAUUUUGUUUGUGGCAUUAGGAAUCAGGUAUCGGUCUUUGCUUUCCUUUACAAACAAAAAUCCACAUAUUCCACUAUGCGUAUGCAACAAAAUUAAUUGCCUGCUGUGCUGUUGAAUGGGGUUAUCAACUAAAGAAAUUGAUUUUGAUAGGGCUGGGGUAUUCUUAUGUGUAACACAGGGUCGUAUCGUCUUGGUGAAUUGACCGAUUGUUGUGAAAAUUAAAAAUGCUACAUAGCUCCUUUUGCCACACAAGAAUGCAGUGUUCAGUUAUUCACAGUUGUGGCUUAUAUCUGUCUUGGAUUGUUGGUCAUUUGUACAUGAAAUGAAUUUGAUAGUUUGAUUUACCGCAGAGUUUUGUUUGGUUUGAUAUCUCGCUUGCAAAAAAUCAGUUAACAUUUGCUUGGCCAAAAUUUGAAUACUUGUUUCUUCUAUACAUUUGAUAUUGAGUAAAUCCCUAGAAAAAAAAAAAAAAAAAAAAAAAAAAAACUAUUAAAAAAAAAAAAUGAAAAAUGAAUGAAAAAAUACAAAAACAUUAGAUUAGUAUGUUUGUAGAAAGACUGUAUUAUGUAGUGAUUCAGUAAACAGGAUAUGUUAUGGUGUAUACAAUUCUAGAAUUAUCAUCUUUGUACAGGCAUUGUUUACAGUAAUCUUACUCUAGAAUGUAUGUUUAGCUUCCAGGAAAUCGUGUGAAUAGCAUGACAUCUUUUACAAUAAUGUGAUGUAGUUCAGUUGUUUGAACCGAGAGUUGUAAAUUUGCUGUUUGCAUACAUUUUUGUGGAUAAGUUAGCGAGACAUUCAUUGCACUUUGACUGGUAUAGCUCAUCUAUAUUUGUGUGAAUUGUCUAAUUGGAAUGUAUGCUUGUAGAUAUAACACAAAAUUGUACUUUCCUAUCAUAUCUAAGAUCUAUCUUGUGUAAAUUGUACAUAGACCUUUGGCAUAAGAACGAAGCAACUAUUUUGACAACAGAAACACAAUAUUAGAAUGGCAGAUGAAUUUUUUUUGUUAAAGGAUAAAGUUUGACCAAAAGUGUUACACUCUGUUGUAAAGUCACAUUCCUGUUUGAAAAAUUAGUUAUGCACUUUGCAGUGAAUUUCAUAGUGACAGUGUGAUUUUGCCCUAGCUUGAAUUGGGGGUCUGUUGUAGGAUUGUUGUCGCUAUACUGUAAGAAACAUGAGCAAUAUAUUGUAAGGUCAAUUAAAGAAAAAAUAAUCAGUUUAAAAAAUAAAUAAUAUGUAAUUUUUCUCAGGGUACUCUCUUUAUUGACUGUGAGGUAAGGUCCCGUGAAUGCCAUGUGAGAAGUGUAAAUAGUUAUACAGAAUGUUGUAUGAAAAGAACAUGGUAGGUCAAUUCUUGUAUUUAUUUUGGGUUUUCUGAUCCUUGGAUGUCGGCCAUAGAAUGUAAUGAAAUCCGGAAUGUAACUGAUCUUUUGUGGAGAAAUUUUGGUCUGACCUGAACAGUAUGCAUUUUGAAUUUUGUAAUCUUUGAACUCCUGUUUGUAUAUUUCACUAUGAGCGUAGUUUGAUAGACUGAGCUCGUGAGUGAAGUGACCAGAUGGUCUUUCUCGAGUUCAACCUGGGAUAAAACCAGAUUUAUAGCUGUCAGAUCCUCAUAGCAUCUCGCUGAAACUGAACUGUAAAUAAGGCAUUGUAAUUUUCUACUCGUCUGCGCUAUUCCAUGCACAGGAAGAAAAAAAAUGUACAGAGAAAUUCAUAGGACAUUUUUCGAGCAGGGGCUUCUUUCUUACGAGGCGCUGGUAACAUUUGAUUUACGCACAGUGUACAUAUAUCAACACAGCUGUAAAUAACCUUUUUCCCUUUUGUGGUAGAUUUAUCUCCGAAUUUUCUGUAAAUAGUUUCACAUAACCUGUCGAGCUGUAUAGCAAUACAGAGCAUCUGUUUUUCUUUAAGAAAUCGAGGAUACUUUCCUCCUUUACAUGAAAAGAAAACAUUCGCAUUAGGCAUAAGUUUUGUGUUACAUAUUUGUAUAUAAACAUUUUUGGGGAGAUUUUCUUUAUCUUUGUUUAGUUACGUUUGUAUAUCCCUCUUUUCGUUGUUGCAAGAGAUGUAAAAAAGUAGUAUGAUGCUAAUUUUUACUGUGUCUUGGUAACCACAAUCAUUUAAAUUUUGUACAUAUAUACAUGAAUAUAUAUAUAUAUAUUUCCCAUGAUGGCACAAUAUAGAAUCAUCAACUUAUUUCUUCUUUUUCUUUUUAUUCUCUUCAAGAUUACUUUAAAGGUAGUUAGAAUGAAUAGAAGAUAGACCACGUAUUUCCUGUACAGCUUUAACACGUUAUAUAUUAAUUUGAUGUUGUGUAUAGACCGAAAUAUCACUUUGGAUAUUUCCAUAUUAAUGGUUUGAAUAUAUACGUUUCUUGGUUAUUUUUGUGUUGAUUGUGAGAGAAGGAAAUGUAAUAUUUUUCAAUCGUGAUGACUGGAUCUCGCGAUGGAUUUUGUACAUAUGCACAGAGGUAUUUAGUGUUGAUUUGUAGGUCAUCAUAGCUAGCUAGUCGAUUGUAUAGUGUGCAUAGAAUUUGGAAAUUUCUAGGUAUUUGAAACAUAUUGAUGUAUCAUUUAGUGUGAAAUUAUUUUAUCUUACAGCAUGUAAAAUGUGCUCUAUUUUUUUUUCUUCUGCCGAUAAAGUUAUGGUUAUGGAAGUUGUGGAGCUUGGGUUUACAUUAUCAGUCUCAAAGUAUAUGUAGUUAGAUAAUUUAACUUUUAGAAGCUUCUUUUGGAGAAUUCCAUUCUAAUAUAUCCUUUGUUGUUGGUUUUGCUGUGCUAGAUAAGUGAUAGGAGGUCUUUGGUUGUAAAUGAGUUGAACGCUACGCUUAUUGGUGCAAAUUCAAUUGGUAUCCUGUGAGUAUUGUUGAACUCAAUUCGUUUGUAUGGAGCCAGGAAGGCAUUAACUCAUACACUUUAAUACUUUGAUACAGACUUAACAUUAUUCUUGCUCCAAACAUAUGUUUUACACCACAUACGUUCUAAAGUGUGGUGUCUGAAUUAUAUACCAUUAGGUUGUAUCUUUUGGCUGUUUAACACCAUAGUGCUAAGUUUUAAUGGUCCUAUGCGAUAUAAGACCAUAGUGUGAAACACCCUAUUGCUGAGUGUUUAUUUCCUAUGCGAUAUAAGACCAUAGUGUGAAACACCCUAUUGCUAAGUAUUUAUUGUCCUAUGCGAUAAAAGACCUCACUUUGAAACAUAGUGCUGAGUGUUUCACAAUGUACUUGAUGUAAUACAUGUAUAAGACUUUAAUGGGUAAUACAGUGCUGAAUACUGUACAACUGUACAACAAAUGUAUCCACACUGUGUAUGGUGUUAAAGAACCUUUAUGUGUCACACUUUAGUGCUGUUUCAACAGUGUACUAAGUUUUAUAGUAAGAAGAAUUACAUAUUUUGAUUGCUUCUUCUAACAGAAAGCACAAAUGUACAGAAUAUACUAAUGAUUAUCAGUUUAAUCGGCAAACCUCUAUGCGUAUGACAAAUGCUGUGAGUAACAUCGCUCCAUUGUCUACUUUAAACACUAGUUGAAUUGCUUGCUUCAAAUCUAAGCCCAACACAAUUCUAACUAGAGUCGGUAAAGCCCUACUGAAACAUUUUGAAGAGCUUGGUACCACAACUACCUGUAUGUGGCUUUUAUCAAUGAAGAAAAAUUGUGGAUGGUAUCAUUCAAACAUUUAAAAGGUACAAACUCUUACAGAAAGACUUGUUGAUACUGUAAUGGUAUUGGUUAAGUGCAAACCUGAAAAGAACUGAACCGUUUUUAAAAUCAAUUAUUCAACGUAUUUGUCAUUUCUAAUGUCACUUAUACGGUGGCCCAAAUCAUGUUUUGUUUAAGUGCUCUGGAACAUUUGUUUACAACUAUUUGUUGAAUAUUACAAAAGAAACUAGGGGAAGAAAAGAAUUACAAAUUGCCAGAUGUUUAAACCUUCAAAGAUGAGAAAGGUUUUUUGUACAUGUAUUUAUUUCGAGUUGGAAUAAAUGUUUUCAUCUUCAAAAAGUCAUAUUUUUGGUACAUAUACCUUUCACCAACCUUGCUAAACAUGUAAUUAUCAGUCUCUGUUAUAGGAUUCCCCUUUUACUUGUUACUCUGCAUAAAUUACUCCUCACCCCUUCCAUUAUUUUCUGACAUAUCACGUAUUGAGGGCACCAUAGUUCAAUUAAUGAUUCUACAAUUUGCCAUCUUUGUUCCCACAUUGUCAAUUUUGAUGACAUAAUAUUUAUUUUUGCCAUCGCUGUUGUUCUCAUAGUUCCUUGCGUGCCUGUAGGUCUGCUUGUACUUUGUAGGUCAACGUUUGAUUUCUGUCCAGUGUAUUUUAGUGUGUCGGAGUUAGUGCGCACGGUGUAGACGAUUAGUGAGCUGCAAGCCACUGUUGCCAAGGAAACGGGAAGAAAAGACAAGAGAGAACCAAUCAUGAUCUUUUGUUUCCAUCACGUGGCCUUCAUAUGCAUGAUGAGACGUGGCUUAGUCAUGCUCUUAAAAAAUUAAAAAAAUAUAGCAAGGAAGUGAUACAAGAA